ACGUUACAAUUAUGCACAACAUGUAGCUAACCAUCCAUAUGCAUACAGAUCUGUGUGUGAUUCUGCACAAAGUCUGUGCAGUCACUGGCACUGUGUUUGCAGCAGAAAUAUUGGAGGAAUACGCGCUAAUUCUAACUGUUAGAUAUUUGUUUACAGAAAUGCAUGCAUAUUAAUAUACUCGUAUUAUUAUCGCUGCACACUGCAGAUAUGUAAAUAAGGUAGAAUAAUUGUCGAUAGACGAAAUAGGUCGAAGACCAAUGCAAGAAGGCUGUGCUAGCCAGGAAGCUAACUAGCUAGCUAACGUUAGUUUGUAGCUAGCUUGCCAUUUUCAACCAGUGGCCAGCUAGUCAAGUUAGCCAUGCUAAUUGGACCGUGCAGGGUUGCACUGAGAGCUUGAGGUGACAGACUGCAUGGUUAGGGGUGCCCUGCAAGACUGCCAAGGAAACCCACUCCACCAAAGCAGGUGCAUCACUCAGGCAAUGGCUGCGGGCACGGAGACRGUGCACUACAUCCACCUGCACAACUCCAGCCAGUCUGUUCUGGAGGCUUUACGGACGCAACGGCGUGAGGGCCUCUUCUGCGAUGUGACGGUGCGCAUCCACGACGCCUCGCUGCGUGCCCAUGCCUGCGUGCUGGCCGCUGGCAGCCCCUUCUUCCAGGACAAGCUGCUGCUGGGCCACUCUGAGAUCUCGGUGCCGCCGCUGGUCCCCGCUGAGACGGUGAAGCAGCUGGUGGAUUUUAUGUACAGCGGCUCGCUGGUGGUGGUGCAGUCGCAGGCCCUCUGCAUCCUCACCGCCGCCAGCAUCCUGCAGAUUAAGACGGUCAUCGACGAGUGCACCCAGAUCAUCUCCCAGAGGAAGGUGGCUGCUGCUGCGGCGGCCGCAGCAAGUGGCGGUGGAGGAGGAGGGGGGAUGACAGCUGGGGUCCUGCCCAAGCAGGAGGAGCGGGGAGGGGGUAAAGGGAGGGACAGCGGUGGUGGUUGUAUUGGUGGUGGUGGCGCAGUCAGCGGUGGUGGGGGUUACCAGAGCUUCUCGAACUUCGCCUUGGGGGACUGCGGGGCGAGCAACAUGGUCACAGGCCUGGGCGGAGCAAACUUGAGCGUUAAUGUUAGUGAGAGUGGCCCAGGAGGCGCCCUGGAGCAGGCUAACCCAGCGGGGCUGAUGGCUCUAGCUGACAUGGGCAGCCACGGGGCCCUGUGUGGGGCUGACGGGCUAAGCUCAGGGGCCGCCGGAGUCCUCAUGAAGAACUCAAAUUGCACCCAGGAUGUGAGGUACAAGCUGAGAGACCUGCUAGCGGCAACCGCUAACGGCGCCAAUGCUGGAAGCUCAGGGAAUCUCUCGGUCGGCUGCAGCUCUGGUGUCAGCAGCGUGGACAGCAUUGGCCGGGACAGUAUCCGCAGCAACACGGCUGACCUCUCGGAGGAGCUCGUGGGGAUGGACAGAUACUGCGAGGAGGAGAUGGAUGGACAUCACAGAGGGAGAGACUUGGACAGGGACAGAGGGGCAGGAGGACACAGCCGCAAGCAGAGGCAGCCACUCAGGCUUCAGGUUCUUGUAGGAGAGGAAGUGGUGGUGAAGGAUGAAGGAGUGCAGGAGCCGGAUGGAGGUGUCUUCGGCUUGGAGGAGGGAAGACGUGUUGAAGGGCAGGAGGGCACACAGGAAUCCAUGGCAACCUUUGGCCAGGAGGGUGUGUUCUAUGAUGAGGCUGGAGUUUUCUCCCCCGAGGCUUUCUGGCCCCAGAACGAGCCGGCUCAGGCCAUGUCCUUCAACCCCAGAGGAAGAGGAAACAAGCUACUGUCUCCCCCUACCUCCUCACAGUCCAUCAACAACCAGCUACUUUUUCAGUACCCAGUCAGCCAAUCACAGCCAUCAGCCUCAUUCUUUGUGGGCGGACCGAUGGUGAUUGAUAGCAUGGCAGGAACGGAGCACAGCCAACAGGCUCCGGCGCCAAUGACCCCUGCUCUGUCAACCUGUGGCACGACAGGCCCCUCCCCUUCCUCCCAGGGAUCUGAGACGUCCUUCGACUGCACUCACUGUGGGAAAUCGUUACGUUCCAGGAAGAACUACAGCAAGCACAUGUUCAUACACUCCGGUCAAAAGCCUCAUCAGUGCAGCAUCUGCUGGCGCUCCUUCUCYCUGCGCGACUACCUCCUCAAGCACAUGGUGGUGCACACGGGCGUGCGCGCCUUCCAGUGCUCUGUGUGCGGCAAGCGCUUCACACAGAAGAGCUCACUCAACGUGCAUAUGCGCACACACCGGGCCGAGCGCACCUUCCAGUGCACCGUGUGCCACCGGGCCUUCACCCACCGCACCCUGCUGGAGCGCCACGCCCUGCAACACGCCCACCACGGGGCCACCCAGGGCCAAGGGCAGGGACAGGGCCUCCAGCAGACACCCAAACACAGCCCUCCAGCCCUGGCAGGGCCCUCGGGCAUGUGCGGCCCAGCUGGGAUGGGCAGCACCAUGGCCAACAUGCCCAGCCAUGGGCCUUCCUCCUAGAGGGAGAGAGAGGGAGGAGGGCCCAAUCUCAAACUGAUCCAUCACCCCUAUCCUGGAGCCCUUUUCUGAUCCGAGAGGAUUGCUAGGUAUGAGCAACAUGGUUGAUGCUCCAUCUAGACCUAUCGGAGGCUAAAUGGAGUUUGUGCCAUAUUUCUCACACCUAUGAAGCCCUUGCAGAUAUGCAAGAGGGAGUUGCCAAUGAUGGAAAAAAGGGGAGAUAAUUGGUUUGGGAUUGUGGAAGAAAAGGAGAGGAAAAGGGAGAGAGAGGCAGAAAGCUGUUGGAGACUAAUUGCUGGAGAUGGAAGGGAGGAAAUGUAGGAGGGGUGAGAAAGAGAGAAAGAAAAGGGGAAGGGAGAGAGAAAGCAAAACCAGCCACGGCUAGAAAAAGAGUGCAGGGUGAUGAACCGAUGAAGAAGAGAGCGAAUUAAUCAAUGAGAGUUACCAUCAUACAUCAAGACGGCAUAGGAACACUAUUA